UUAACACCUUAUUAAGCUGCUGCUUCUUCGACUCUGAAGGCAGUAUUGUCAAUGGCGUCCUUUGCAAAGAUCGGCAUGGAGUGCCUACAAGAUCCCCUGAUCUGGCUAUUUCUUGCAAUCGCGUCCGUGGCCUUGGUCAUCCAGCCAGUGCCAAGACGGCGGCCGCUCCCUCCAGCUCCAGGCCCGAAGCCGCUGCCGGUCAUCGGCAACAUGAUGAUGGCGGACCAGUUGACUCACCGUGGCCUGGCGGCGCUGGCAAAGCAGUACGGCGGGUUGCUGCACCUCCGCAUGGGCUGGCUCCGGAUCUUCGUGGUGUCGACCCCUGAGUACGCGCGCGAGGUGCUCCACGCGCAGGACAACGAUGACUUCUGGGACCGCCCUGCCUCCAUCGCCAUCCUCUACCUCACCUACGGCUGCUCCGACAUGGCGUUCGCGCACGACGCGCGCUACUGGCGGCAGAUGCGCAAGCUGUGCGUCACGAAGCUCUUCAGCCGCCGGCGCGCCGAGACCUGGCUGGCCGUGCACGACGGGUAUGGGGAGCUCGUCCGGGACAUCGGCAGGUCCAGCGGGGAGGCCGUGAACCUCGGCGAGGUCAUCUUCAAGCACACCGUGAGGGUCAUCUGCCGGGCCGCCUUCAGCGUCCGCGACGUCCAAGGACUGGAGGAGCUCAUCCCCAUGUUGAGGGAGUUCUCCAAGCUCUUGGAAGCGUUCCACAUCGGUGACUUGUUCCCUUGGCUUAGCUGGAUGGGCCGGCGGGGCUUCGACAGCCGCCUCGGCGCUGUGCGCGGCGUUCUCGGCAAGUUUGCAGACAAGAUCAUUGACGAUCACAUGAGGAGGGGCAAGAAUCCCACCGAAGCCGACGCUGACAUGGUAGACGACCUACUCGCGUUCCUCGGUGAUGCCGGCCAAGCCAGCGCCAAGGACCUGCGCCUCACCCGCGACAACGUCAAGGCCUUGAUCAUGGACAUGUUGUUUGGCGGGCCGGAUAAUGUCGGCUUCACCAUUGAGUGGGCAAUGGCAGAGAUGAUUCAUUGCCCUAACAUCCUUCUGCAGCUGCAUCGGGAGCUCGCAAACAUUGUGGGGUUUGAGCGGAUGGUCUACGAAUCAGAUCUUGCCAAGCUCCCCUUCCUUAAGUGUGUCGUCAAGGAGACGCUUCGGAUGCAUCCGCCGAUCCCGGUUAUCCUCCGCGGGACAACCAAAGAUUGUGUCCUUGGUGGAUACUCGGUGCCCAGGGGCUCUCGUGUAUUCAUCAACACAUGGGCAAUCAACCGGGACGGUGAGGCAUGGAAGGACCCUGACACUUUCCGGCCAUCAAGGUUCAUGCUCAACGGGGACGCCAUCAGGCUAGAUCUCAAGGGCGGUUGCUAUGAGUUCUUGUCAUUUGGUUCUGGAACACGCUCAUGCCCGGGGCAAGGGCUCGGCCAGCAUGCGGUGGAGUUUGCCAUAGCACAGCUCGUGCACGGGUUUAACUGGAAGCUACCCGAUGACAUGAAUCCAAUGGAGCUCGACAUGAGCGACACGAUCGGUUCGACCGUGUCGCGCGCCACACGGCUCUGCGCGGUGCCCACACCCCGCCUCAGAUGUCCUUUGUAAUACUAUAUAUGACCUGUUGUGCGCAUGAAGCAAAACCCAAAUGCAGCCUCCAAGUGAGGGCAACCAUAUGAAACUGUAUCUGAAAGCUACUACUGUCACGAGUGGGGGACAUGACCUUCCUUCUCUUUUCUAUUUU